AUGAUCGACCUGGCCAGGCUGUUCUCAAGCCAUGGUGUCAAAGCCAGUAUGAUCACCUUCCCGAACGAUGCAGCUGUCUUUGAAAAAUCAAUCAGAAGAGACCAGCAAUCUGGGCACGACAUCAAACUCCUCACUCUUCAAACCCCUGCAGAUGAUGCCGGCCUCAGCACAACAGACAUGUCUGCCCCGCCGCUCACUGACACCUCCGUUCUCCAAGAACCCCUCAAACAAGUCAUCAAAGACUACACCCCGGACUGCAUUGUCGCCGAUGCCUUCCACUGUUGGGUGCCCUGUUGUGAAUAUAGUCUCAGACGGCAUUCGCCUCAUACAGAAGUCAGCUUGGAUUCUGAGCCCUUUCGAAUUCCGGGUCUUCCUGGUAAGAUAGAACUGACUAGGUCUCGGCUUCCGCCGGCCUUUCUCCGAAUGGGGAAUGGAGUUCCAGCUAAGAUGAUGAUAGCAGAGCAGUACAGUUUUGGACAAGUUAUUAAUGGUUUCUAUGGUCUAGAACCAGCUUAUGUUGAUCAUUGUCAUCCGUUCAUAUGGGUGGUGGGAAAAGCACUAGAGGAAGCAGGUGGGUUCCUGACGCAUUGUGGAUGGAAUUCUGCUCUGGAGGGAGUGUGUGCUGGGGUGCCUAUGAUCACCUGGCCGCUCUCAGGGGAGCAUUUUGCCAAUGAGAAGUUGGUGACAGAUGUGUUGAAGAUUGGAAUAGCAGUUGGGAGUGAGGGAUGGGCGUCGUGGCCAUUGGAGAGGAAGGAGGUGGGGGGGAGGGAGAAAGUGGAGGCGUCUGUGUUAAGGCUGAUGAGUGAUGGUGAAGAUGAGGAAGAGGGUGAAAGAAUUAGUGAAGAUUCGUAA